AUGGCACAGAAACUGCCCAGCCGAGGAGCAUCAGCUCCCGACGAAGACUUCAAGAAUAGUCAAGCACUGGAGAAAACGACGAUGUUUCUCCAGCUCUUUGAGUAUCUUCCACGUGAAACGACACCAGAAAUCAGCGAACUCAACUCAGCUUUGAAGGAAUAUCAAAGAGUGUCUAAUUUGCCUACAUCUGGGGUCUUUGAUAAGGAGACAGCCGCGCAUAUGGAAAAACCUCGAUGCGGCGUACCCGACGGUCUCGGGUUAGCAAACUUCACGGUGGCGGGUACUAAGUGGAACGAAUUUAGCCUAAAAUACUGCUUUGACACUUUUUGCCAGGAGCUCAAUGAAGAACAAAUCAGAACGGCUAUAUCAAAUGCUUUUGCCAAAUGGAGUGCUAUCUCGGCGUUCACAUUUACAGAGGUGAGCCGUGAUCAGGCCGCCCAUAUCCGCAUUGGUUGGUACAAGAGGGAUCAUCAUGAUGGCAGCCCAUUCGAUGGAGUGGGAACCGCUUUUUCUAACAUUCUCGCCCAUGCAUUCUAUCCCCCUCCCAAUGCAGGGGACUUGGCCGGGGACGUCCACUUUGAUGAGGAUGAGGAUUGGACAGUCGAUAGCCUUACGCAUGUCGCUCUUCAUGAGAUUGGCCAUUCUCUGGGCUUGAAACAUUCAACAAUCGAAAAGUCCGUUAUGUGGCCAUCUUACAACGGUGUCGGAGAUCUCACUACCGAUGACAUGGGUGGUCUAUACGAAAUCUAUGGGCCAUUUGGUCGUCCUACGGUCCUUCGGCGCAAUAUCGGUCCGCGUAUAUAUACCAAAAAUGAAACAAUAGCUGAAGGUGAUUUCCUCCAGUCAGAGAACGCCCUGUACCGCUUCAUUUGCCAAGGAGACGGUAAUGUCGUGCUCUAUGGACCAGGAAAUAGUGUGGCAUGGAAAAGCUCCACCGAUGGGAUGGGAAAGCCUCCCUACCGCAUUGUCGCCCAAGACGACCGCAGUAUCGUCCAGUACGAUCGCGACAAUCGAGCCAUUUGGAGGACUGGUACGAGCCUACCUGGUCAUAAUCACACAGACUGCUUUCUCAUUCUGCAGGACGAUCGUAAUCUUGUUCUAUACGAGGAAGGAAAUCCGAUAACAGCAGUCUGGCAGACUCAUACACAACUGUGA